GACAGCAAUGGUUGUUUGAGAAGCUAAUUUAACAAACCUUUUAUUGUUUUAAUUUAUUUAUUUACCAAUGAAUUGAAUUUCGUUUACAAGUAAAUAACAUAAAUCAAUUAAGCACAAUGGAGUUAAUUUACUCCAUGCGCCGGAAGCCAUUGAAAUGCGAGCCACCGCACUUCGAAACGUCAUCAGACCCAGAAGUGGUUCGCCCAAUUUGUACCAUAUCGGCCUGCAAUAUCAUCGCAUUCUCAUCACCCACGGAGCUGUCGGACUCUGACGGGUGCACUUGGGGCGGCCACGUGUACGUGUGUGAUCUGGACACGCCGUGGGACAGCCAUAAAGUCACUAGCACUGUUCAUCCCGUCUCAGCUCUAGAAUGGGACAGCGAGGGCAAGCAGCUCCUGGUGGCCACAACCGAGGGUGAAGUCUCCGUGUAUGGCAUGAAGGAGUUCCUGCUGAAUGACUGGGGCUGUCUGUAUAGUGCAUCGUUCCCAGGUGAACACGUGAUAAAGGCGGCAUUCUUCCACAACGGCCGAAGAGUAUCUUGCGACAAGAAACCCGAUGUGCCGGCGGCGGAACGCCUGCAGCUGCUGAGACCUACACCAACGCUAAAAGGUUUUGGCGGCAUAGCAUGUGAAGGCGCUUGCAUCAUCACCGCCACAGGUCUCAUCGGCGCUCUGACGCCUUCAGGAGAGCCGGGCAAAGCGCUCAGCGGGGCCGAAUGUCUCCGGCCAGCGAGGGACAGGGUGCCUGCUGCGAGUGUUGCUCAUAAAAAUGGCACCCUAAUAGUAGCCGCAGGCGGUGUGAAUUGUGUUCGCUGCGCCGUGUGCUCCGUUACGUUAUCUCGCGCCCCGCAUCAGGCACCAUCGCUUAUUGUGCAACCUCUACCUGCGGUAUAUCUGGAUUAUACGCCUGUAUCUUUGACCUGGAGUCUCCGGGAGGACACAGAUUCCCUCCUCAUCGCCGGUUCUACUCUCUCAGUGUGGAAUUUGACACAACGGGCACAUCCUGUACACAAGCUGCUGUCUAAAGGUCCGUUGCAAGGAAGCACAACCCCUGGAGGCGGGCAGAAACCUGGAUCAGAUUGCUUUAAUACAGUGGUAUGGCAACAAAUAUCAGUCCUGCCCGUGGAGGGCGGCGCGCACGUGUGCUCGCGGCGCCUGCACGUGGCGGCGCCCCACCACGUGCUGGCGGCCGCGGGGCCUAACAGACUUUUAUUACAUCGAGAUACUCAUAGGAUAAGCACCACAGCGGUGACAGUCUCAGGGUUACCAGGCCUUGAGGCCGGCGCUACGCCCCCGAAGAAACCCAAAUACGGAGGAGCCCUGGCAACAGGUGCAGCAUGCGCCAUAGUAUCAUGUGUGGACAUGUCAUGGCUCGGCGGCGUGUGUGUGUGCGUCGACACACAUGCGCAACUACACGUAUAUCGUUUACCCGCAGCCGACAUUUCCACACCACUGCUAGUGCAGCACACAACAUCCCUGUUAGAGUACGCGAUGGUUUCUGGACUGGAUUACCGGGAUAUCAUCAUGACGCUAAAACCUAACGCCAUUGAUGCUGUGUAUGAGAGGUUUACAGAGAGUUUCCAACGGCAGCCGCAGGCUUUCCAGCAGUUCUAUUACCAGAACUGGCUCAAACUACGCAUCGCGCUUUGCAGAGUAAUGCCGACCGCUCAAGGCGCCGUCUCAUCUCUGACACAGCUAACUACCCUCGCCGGUGCGUGGGCGGCGCUGGCGGCCACGUUACGCGGAGACGACAGGCGUCACGACGACGUGCGGCUAGACGCGCUGCUGGAACACGAACACGACAAGGCUCUAGUGACACUCGAAGCGAAAGCCGAACUGUCGAGCGACGCCGUGGUGUUGACUCCACUGCGUCGCAUCUUACAACAGUGUGUCGACAUCGCCACCACACAUCUGCAACAUGCUGCGACGGGCCAUACACAUCCGUAUGAGACGUGGACGGACGGCACGGCGCUGACGCUGCUGCGCAAGCUGCUGGUGGCGGCGCGGGCCGCGGGCCGCGGCGGGGAGCCCCUGUCCCGCGCGCUGGCGCGCCUGCAGCACCAGAACACCAAGGAGGUCCGAGAGGAGUGCGCUACUCUGUGCCUCCAGCUGACGACCCCCCGCAUCUGGGACUCGCUGCCUCGCUGCACGGUGUCCGCGCCGCACGGGAAACCGCCGCCGCAUUAUUUUGAAUAUGGUAUAGAGCCCGAAGGUUUAAGAUACGCGCCCGAACCACCGAACUACGGCACUAUGUGCGAAGUGAUGCCUUCACUAGGGAUGGACUGCAUACGGUACAUGUACCUGGGCGCGGGCGCGGGCUCGUGGCGCGCAUGCGCGCGCUGCGGGGCGCGGGUGCUGGCCGCCGCGCGCGCCGCCAGGCAUCCCGCACAGAGGGCCUACGACGCGCGCUUCCUGCCCGCCUGCAGAUGCGGCGGUAAAUGGACUCUGGUCUCUAAUUACUGAUCGACAUGCUGAAUAUUAAUUAAGAUUAGAUUACGCUCACUAAUGAAGUAUUACACUUGUAAAUAAAACCAUAAUGAAUUUACCAAAAUAAAAUGAGCUUUUGAUAUUUUAAUC